GUGUUUGUUCACUCUCCCGGGCACUCUGCUGACAAGGAAGCAGUCUUUACAGCUUAGCACCAUCACCCAUAAAAAUUGGCUGGUUUGCAGAGCAAAUAAUGACUUUAGGAGGGUGAAUUUGCAAUCUAGAUUAGGGAAACACGUCUAUAUAAAGAGAAGCAGCAAGGGAGCUCUGUCAUCUGCUCAGACGAGUGGGACCACAUCGCUGCUCCCAUCAUGAUCGCGAGCGUUUUUGGGCUGCUUGGGCUGGUGCUCCUCAGCUGUCUUCCAGAUGCUGUCAUCGAAGCAAGUCAGGCCGACUGCAGCAGCUUCAAGGUAGGCGCCACCGGCCUCGUGGCCUGCCCGCGAAUCUUCCAACCCGUGUGCGGUACAGACGGCAUCACUUACCCCAACGAGUGCUUCCUCUGCACACGAAUCUUAAAUGGGGCCAACGUCGACAAACAGCACGAGGGGACCUGCUUGCUGGCCAAUUGCAGCAGUUACCGCUUGAGUGAAGACAACGAAGUCGCCUGUCCCAAAAACCUUGAGCCCGUCUGCGGCACCGACAGCGUGGUCUACCCCAACGAGUGCAUGCUGUGUAGGGAAAUCCUGCGUGGCAAGAGCAUUGACAAAAAGCACGAUGGGAGAUGCGUUCAGGGGGUGGACUGCACCGGCUACCUGAAAACCCGUCCUGGCAAGGAGGCUGCCUGUGCCCUGGAGCACAAACCCAUCUGCGGCACUGACGGCACUUCCUACAGCAACCCGUGUGCCUUCUGCACGACCGUCGCGAACGGGGCUGACACGGACUGGAGCAGUGACGGAGAAUGUCCCCAGGUGGACUGCAGUGACUACAAGGAGCCCAAACCCUUCUGCACGCUGGAGUACCUGCCCCACUGCGGCUCCGACGGCCGCACGUACGGCAAUAGGUGCCAGUUCUGCAAUGCAGUCGUGAGAGGUGGUGAGAAACUUCGGUUCAAGCAUUACGGGAAAUGCUAAAUCUCCCGGGGCAGAGCGCACUGACAGCCAGCUUGCUCCUUGCCCCCACGCCAUCGCUGCUUUCUUGGUCCCAGGGCUCGGGGGGCUCCUCCGGUGGUCUCGAGCUCUGCCUUGGCUUCAUCAAUAAAGCGAACU